AUGGUAGACAGAGACCCGAAUUCGCCUACUUGGAAGUUCACACAAUGCUUUGGUGAUAAGGGUGAUGUGGAAGAUAUCACAGAAGCGGACAUUAUCUCAACCGUCGAAUUUGAUCAUACCGGUAACUAUCUGGCCACGGGAGAUAAGGGUGGAAGAGUGGUGCUGUUUGAAAGAAAUGAAACGAAAAAAACCUGCGAAUAUAAGUUCCACACCGAGUUUCAAUCGCACGAGCCCGAGUUCGACUACCUCAAAUCGUUAGAAAUCGAAGAGAAGAUCAACAAGAUCAAGUGGUGCAGACGGCAAAAUGCUUCCCACUAUCUCCUUUCGACAAAUGACAAAACCAUUAAGCUAUGGAAGGUCUUCGAUAAGUCGCUCAAGGUCGUCGCCGAGAACAACCUGUCGAAUGAACUCACGCCCGCGGGCGCUGUGUCUGGUGGAGGGGCGCCUCGCCCACCUCGUAUACCGUUCAAAGACUCGUCAUCACUGAAGCUUCCCCGGAUGACACACCACGAUACCGUUGUCGCCGCCGUACCGCGGAGGACAUAUGCAAACGCCCAUGCAUACCACAUCAACAGCAUCUCCGUCAACAGUGACGGAGAGACCUUCAUAAGCAGCGAUGAUCUCCGGAUUAACCUCUGGAACCUCAACAUCCAGGACCAGAGUUUCAACAUUGUCGAUAUCAAGCCGGCCAACAUGGAAGAACUCACCGAAGUUAUCACCGCGGCCGAAUUCCACCCUACCAGUUGUAACUGGUUUAUGUAUGCUAGCUCGAAGGGAACGAUCAAGUUGGCGGAUAUGCGCCAGCGGGCAUUGUGUGAUGAGCACUCUAAGCUAUUUGAACAAGAGGAAGACGCCUCGUCCCGCUCAUUCUUCUCCGAAAUUAUCUCGUCAAUCUCCGAUGUCCGCUUCUCGAAUGACGGCCGAUACAUUGUUUCCCGAGAUUAUCUGACGGUUAAGGUUUGGGAUGUCAACAUGGAAAGGCAACCGGUGAAGACCAUUCCUAUCCACGAACACCUCCGGCCGCGUCUGUGCGACACGUACGAAAACGACAGUAUCUUCGAUAAAUUCGAGGUCGUCUUCUCGGGCGAUGCGGAGAACGUCAUGACCGGAAGCUACAACAACAACUUCAUGAUCUACCCUACCGACCAGAACAAAGACACCGAGAUUGUGUUGCAGGCCGACAAGUCUGCGUUCAAGGCGAAGAAGGUUGGCGUGCCCACACCUAUGAACCGGGGCGCCAACGGGAAAAAGAACGGGUCCAGAUCGGGUAGCCCUGUUGGUCCCGGCAGCCGGAUGAGGAAGGAGACCGAUGCGGAUCAGAUUGAUUUCAACAAGAAGAUCCUUCACAUGAGCUGGCAUCCGUACGAAGACAGCAUUGCCAUUGCUGCUACGAACAACCUCUUCGUCUUUUCUGCGCUGUAG